CUGGAGGUCCCUUCCAGCCCACGUGUGGCCAAGACCGGCGCGCAUUAGUCCACUUUCAUGAUCGAUGUGUGUUCCAUGGAGGCGGUAAAGGGAAUAGGGAUAGGCUGUGUUGGCAAGGCAGGGCGUAAGGAGGCGAGAAGUGGGAAGCAGGCCUGGAAAGGCUGGGUUGGUGAUGCAGCAUUUUGGAGACCAGCCUACCAGGGACCCCAUCGUGUUGGUCCUCCUGCUUGUUCGGGCAUCGCGAGCUUCACAUAAGUACCGGGCUAAGGUUAACUUGGAGCGUCGAUCUAGACUGCGGAGGGCCUUUUGCAGACGCUCAUUGGCUCACAAGAUCCGAGUUGCACAGCUUUGCAAUCAGACAUUACCAUGCCGAUAUCCGGGCGCGAGAGAAAGAGAGGCAGAAAGAGAGAGAGAGAGCGGGAAAUAUCUGCGUGUGAUGGACCAGGGGGGUCCGGAUACAACCUGCAUGUUCAGACGACGCGGGUUGACUGACAAAUGUCAUCUCCCCAUUGCUCACCCGUGUCACCACAGCUCAGCUGAUUGUUCAGAUGUUUUGUCUCCAACAAGUUGAGGCGGAAACGGGGGCGCAUUGAAGUUGGAAUACACCUGCAUUAGUGCCGAGGUGGGAAAU